UUUAAUCAUUUUUACCAUUGGGUUCGAUCGAUAGCUCACCGUCGCCACCGCCUGCUGUCCCCUCCACAGUCCACUCUACCCCUAAAUACCAAUAAUCGUCUUUGCCGAUCAGAUUACCAUUUGACAUCAAGAAGCACAGGGCAUACUGAUCUUCACUUGAACACCAACCAGUUACAUCCAAACCCUAUAGGUGGGUGUGGGUGGAUCAAAAUAUCUCCCAAUUUUUAUGAAUUUCGUCAUCUAUGAUUCAACAUUUUCAGUCUCUCAGUCAUAUAUCCUUCUUGGUUUUUUUGGACGAUGGGACUGAGUAAAACUGAAAUCAAUUUGAGGCGAUUGCUUGCAGCUGCCCCUCAGCAACAACAUCAAGCCAAACUUAUUCAUUAUGUUGGCACUUUAAGGGAGCAGUUGGAGCAACUCGCUGCAGAAAAAACUUCAGAAGGGCUACCAAGAGUUUCAAAAGCUACAGUGAGUGAUUACUCUGAGAAAAUUGAAGCUAUUGCAGCUAAGUUGGCUUCCCAAGUGUUGAACACCAUAGAAUCUCCAGAGCUGCCCACUGCUGACACUUCUGUAAGUGAAAAUACAACAAAAACUGAAGCGGAAAGUAUCUCCACUGGCACUUCUCAAGGGUUGAGAAGAAGAAUUGUGCCCACAUCAAGUGUUGAAGAGAGAGGCCAAAAUACUCCUAUUGAUGCAACUGAUUCAGCUCCUAUCAAAUUGGAUGCUGGAGCACAGGCUCAUAUUUCAAAACACAGGAAGCUUCAAGAAGACUUGACUGAUGAAAUGGUUAUCCUUGCACGCCAACUCAAAGAGAGUACUCUCAUGAUGAAUCAAUCCAUAAAAAACACCGAAAAAAUUCUUGAUUCGACAGAGGAAGCAGUGGAACAUAGCUUAGCAAGCACAGGGAGAGCCAAUACAAAGGCAAUGGCUAUAUACUCGGAGGCUUCCAAGACUUCAUGCUUCACUAUCCUUUUGAUGCUUCUAAUGACAUGUAUCUUUUUCAUGGUGGUUUUUCUUAUCAAAAUCACAUGAAAUCAUCCACCCUUUGUCAAAUAUUAUUUUAUGGUUUUCGACUUUCAUCGCUUGAAAAUAUUUGUAUCUUGUAGUACAAAAAAGUUUUAUUUGAAGUAAUAUGAUUAAAGUAGAUAGUGACAA